UGGACUUCCUGAGGAGGAUGAAGCAGGAGGAGCUGGCUGAGCGUCUGUGGAGCAGAACGUCUGCUGGAGUCUGCCAACAGAAGAUGAAAUGUGGCCUGAAGAAGAGGUUCCAGCGUGUGUUUGAGGGGAUCGCUAAACCAGGAGAGUCCACCUUCCUGAACCAGAUCUACACAGAGCUCCACAUCACAGAGGGAGGGACUGCAGAGGUCAAUGAGGAACAUGAGGUCAGACAGAUUGAAACAGCAUCCAGGACAGCAGACAGAGCAGAAACAAGCAUCAGACCAGGAGACAUCUUUAAAGCCUCACCUGGAAGAUCUCAACCAAUCAGAACAGUGCUGACACAGGGAGUGGCUGGCAUUGGGAAAACAGUCCUGACUCAGAAGUUCACUCUGGACUGGGCUGAAGACAAAGACAACCAGGACAUCCACUUCACAUUUCCAUUCACCUUCAGAGAGCUGAAUGUGCUGAAGGAGAAGAAGUUCAGUUUGGUGGGACUUGUUCAUCACUUCUUCACUGAAACCAAAGAAGCAGGAAUCUGCAGCUUUGAAGACUUCCAGGUGGUCUUCAUCUUGGACGGUCUGGAUGAGUGUCGACUCCCUCUGGACUUCCAGCACACUGAGUUCCUGACUGAUGUUACAGAGUCCACCUCAGUGGAUGUUCUGCUGACAAACCUCAUCAGGGGGAAACUGCUUCCCUCUGCUCGCCUCUGGAUCACCACACGACCUGCAGCAGCCAAUCAGAUCCCUGCUGACUGUGUGGACAGGGUGACAGAGGUCCGAGGGUUCACUGACCCCCAGAAGGAGGAGUACUUCAGGAGGAGGUUCAGAGAGGAGGAGCAGGCCAGCAGGAUCAUCUCCCACAUCAAGACCUCCCGAAGCCUCCACAUCAUGUGCCACAUCCCGGUCUUCUGCUGGAUCACUGCUACAGUUCUGGAGGAGGUGUUGAAGAGCAGAGAGGGAGGAGAGCUGCCCAAGACUCUGACUCAGAUGUACAUCCACCACCUGGUGGUCCAGGCCAAAGUCAAGAUGGUCAAGUUUGAUGGAGGAGCUGCCACAGAUCCACACUGGAGUCCAGAGAGCAGGGAGAUGAUGGAGUCUCUGGGAAAACUGGCUUUUGAGGAGAUGCAGAAAGGAAACCUGAUCUUCUAUGAACCCGACCUGACAGAGUGUGGCAUCGAUCUCAGAGCAGCCUCAGUGUACUCAGGAAUGUUCACACAGAUCUUCAGAGAGGAGAGCGGCCUGUACCAGGACAAGGUGUUCUGCUUCAUCCAUCUGAGCCUUCAGGAGUUUCUGGCUGCUCUUCAUGUCCAUCAGACCUUCAUCAAGUCUGGAAUCAACCUGCUGGAAGAGACAACAACCAUUCAGCAAUCUCCACAACAGCUUCAACUCCACCAUCUCCAUCAGAGAGCAGUGGACGAGGCCUUGAAGAGUCCAAAUGGACACCUGGACUUGUUCCUCCGCUUCCUCCUGGGUCUUUCACUGCCGACCAAUCAGAGUCUCCUUCGAGGUUUGCUGACACAGACAGGAAGUAGCUCACAGACCAAUCAGGAAACAGUCCAGUACAUCAAGGAGAAGCUGAGUGAGAGUCUGUCUGCAGAGAGAAGCAUCAAUCUGUUCCACUGUCUGAAUGAACUGAAUGAUGGUUCUCUGGUGGAGGAGAUCCAACAGUCCCUGAGAUCAGGAUGUCUGUCCAAAGACAAACUGUCUCCUGCUCAGUGGUCAGCUCUGGUCUUCAUCUUACUGUCAUCAGAAGAAGAUCUGAAGGAGUUUGACCUGAAGAAAUACUCUGCUUCAGAGGAGGCUCUUCUGAAGCUGCUGCCAGUGGUCAAAGUCUCCAACAAAGCUCUGUUGAGCUGCUGUGGGCUGUCAGAGAGAAGCUGUGGAGCUCUGUCCUCAGUCCUCAGCUCUCAGUCCUCCAGUCUGACACAUCUGGACCUGAGUAACAACGACCUGCAGGAUUCAGGAGUGAAGCUACUGUCUUCUGGACUGGAGAGUCCUCACUGUAAACUGGAAGCUCUCAGUCUGUCAGGGUGUCUGGUCUCAGAGGAAGGCUGUGUCUUGGUCUCAGCUGUGAGCUCCAAGUCCUCCCAUCUGAGAGAGCUGGACCUGAGCUACAACCAUCCAGGAGACUCAGGAGUGAAGAAGCUGUUUGCUGCAGUGGAGGAUCCACAGUGCAGUCUGGAGACUCUCAGGCCGUGCCGCCAGCCCAACAUGGCCGCAGCGUUGCACCGCGGACCUCGCCUGCACCCCCUGGUCGUGAAGGCGGACAGGAUCGUCUCCGACCUGAGGGAGGACAUCCGCCGGCUGUCGGAGGAGCUCAGGGAAAAAGACGAUCUGCUGGAGCAGCGCUCCUGGGCGGAGGUGGUGGUGCGGGGCCACAAGCCUAAGUCCACCGCGGCUUUGCCUCCACUGCCCCUCUCGAACCGCUUCCACGCCCUGGCGCAAUAUGACAGCCCGGCGGGUGGUGAGGGUCCGCGGUCUGCUGCGGCCGCUGCUGCUCCCGCGUCCUCUGGCGGGUCCGCCGCUCGCCGCCACGACACCCCGGAAGCCACGCCACCAAACACCGCCAAGCACUGCCGUCGCUCCGCCACGGCCCUGGAUCGCUACACCCCGGCCCCGGAAAUGGCUCCCUCCACCGCGGCCCACUCCUCCUCGGCCUCGGAGAAGGAGCUCCCCGCCGCGGCCACGGAUCACUCCGCCGCGGCCCGGGCCAACUCCACUUCGGCCUCGGAGAAGGAGCUCCGGGCCGCUGUCCCGGAGAAGGAUGUCCCCGCCGCGGCCAGGGAGCCGGGCCGCUCCCCGCCGGUCCCGGAGCGGCGGCGAUCGCCCCGGACCGCGGCCUCCGCUGCCCGCCUGAGGCUGAUUAGGGAGGCGGUGAGGAGGCAUUCCGUGAGCCACCACCACGGGGAGAGCCAGAACCAGGGCCAGGACCACUGCUCCGGCAGCGAGGUUGCUGCUGCCGGCGGCGCCGCUAUACCGGCGGAGCGCUCCCCAGCCCUGGGCGCUGACACCGCCGCCCCGGACACCCACGACGUCGCCCCACAGCCGCCCCCGCCCCGUCCCCUCUUUUCCCCCACAACACUCCUGGUUGGGGACAGUAGCAUCAGGAAUAUUCGCUUUUUUAACGCCAUCACGCGGUGUAUUCCUGGUGCUACUGUCCCCACGAUCCUACACGAUCUCCCGGAGCUCCUGCAGUCCCUCCCCUCCACUGUCCGCCGGGUCAUCGUCCACGUCGGGACUAACGACACGGCCCGGCGGCAGUCGGAGGUGGUUGUGACCAGCGGCGUGGCCGGCAGUGGAAAAACCUUCUCGGUGCACAAGUUCAGUCUGGACUGGGCCGAGGGCCUGGAGAACCAGGAUGUGGGGGUGCUGGUGGUGCUCUCCUUCAGGGAGCUGAACCUGCUGGGAGAGCGGCCGUACAGCCUCCUCUCGCUGCUGGCUGUUUUCCAUCCCACGCUCCAGAAGCUGACGGCAGAGCAGCUGGAUGUCUGCAGGCUGCUGUUCAUCUUGGACGGUCUGGAUGAAAGCAGACUUUCUCUGGACUUCAGCAGCAGCCGGCGGCUGCUUGACGUCUCCCGGCAGUCUUCAGUCAGCGAGCUGCUCACUAACCUCAUCCGGGGGGAUCUGCUGCCCUCGGCCCGGCUCUGGAUCACUUCCCGACCGGCGGCGGCCCAUCAGAUCCCUCCAACAUGUGUGGACAGACUGACAGAAGUGCGAGGCUUCACUGACGCCCAGAAGGAGGAGUACUUCAGGAGGAGGCUGAGUGAUGAGGAGCUGAGCAGCAGGAUCAUCUCCCACAUCCAGACCUCCAGGAGCCUCCACAUCAUGUGUGGAAUCCCAGUCUUCUGCUGGAUCACUGCUACAGUUCUGGAGCACAUGUUGAGCAGCGAGCAGAGAGGAGAGCUGCCCCAGACCCUGACUGACAUGUACUCCCACUUUGUGCUGGUUCAGACACACAGGAAGAAGCUCAAGUACCAUGAAGGACCUGAGACGGGUCCACAGGAGCUGACGGAGGCUGACAGGGAGCUUCUUCUGAAGCUGGGCAGGAUGGCCUUGGAACACCUGGACAAAGGAAACAUCCUGUUCUACCAAGAAGACCUGGAGCAGUGUGGUCUGGAUGUGACUGAGGCCUCGCUGUACUCUGGAAUCUGUACUCAGAUCUUCAGAACAGAGUCUGUGAUCUUCCAGAAAGCCGUCUACAGCUUCGUCCAUCUGAGUGUUCAGGAGUUUCUGGCUGCAGUCUCCAUGUUCCACUGUUUCACCAGCAGGAAGACAGAUGUACUGAAGAACUUCUUUGGAGUGGAUCAUGCUUUCAGAUCUCUUGAUGAUUUGCUGGUGGUCGUCCUGGAGAAAUCCCUCAGGAGUCGGAACGGCCACCUGGACCUGUUUGUCCGCUUCCUUCAUGGCCUCUCUCUGGAAUCCAACCAGAGACUCUUAGAAGGUCUGCUGGGUCAGACAGAGAUCAGUCCAGAAACCAUCCAGAGAGUCAUCCAGAACCUGAAGGAGAUCAACAGUGAAAAAGUGUCUCCUGACAGAUGCAUCAACAUCUUCCACUGUCUGACGGAGAUGAAGGACCUCUCAGUCCAUCAGGAGAUCCAAGAGUUCCUGAAGUCAGAGAACAGAUCAGAGAAGAGACUCUCUGGGAUCCACUGCUCAGCUCUGGCCUACAUGCUGCAGAUGUCAGACCAGGUCCUGGAGGAGUUGGACCUGGAGAACUACAACACAUCAUGGGAGGGACGAUGGAGACUGAUCCCAGCUGUGAAGAACUGCAGGAAGGCUGAUCUUUCUGGCUGUGAACUCUUUGAUCCUCACUGUGAAGUGAUCUCCUCAGCUCUGAAGUCUGACCCCUCCCAUCUGAAACAUCUGAACCUGAGUGACAACUACCUGGAGGAUUCAUCAGUGAAGAUUCUGUGUUCUGGACUGGAGAGUCCAAACUGUAAACUGGAGACUCUGAGGUUGAGCAGCUGUGGCCUGUCAGAGAGAAGCUGUGGAGCUCUGUCCUCAGUCCUCAGCUCUCAGUCCUCCAGUCUGACUCAUCUGGACCUGAGUAACAACGACCUGCAGGAUUCAGGAGUGAAGCUACUGUCUUCUGGACUGGAGAGUCCUCACUGUAAACUGGAAGCUCUCAGUCUGUCAGGGUGUCUGGCCUCAGAGGAAGGCUGUGCUUCUCUGGUCUCAGCUGUGAGCUCCAAGUCCUCCCAUCUGAGAGAGCUGGACCUGAGCAACAACCAUCCAGGAGACUCAGGAGUGACGAAGCUAUUUGAUGCAGUGGAGGAUCCACAGUGCAGUCUGGAGACUCUGAGGUUGAGCAGCUGUGGUCUGUCACAGAGAAGCUGUGGAGCUCUGUCCUCAGUUCUCAGCUCUCCGUCUUCCAGUCUGACACAUCUGGACCUGAGUAACAACGACCUGCAGGAUUCAGGAGUGAAGCUACUGUCUUCUGGACUGGAGAGUCCUCACUGUAAACUGGAAGCUCUCAGUCUGUCAGGGUGUCUGGUCUCAGAGGAAGGCUGUGCUUCUCUGGUCUCAGUUGUGAGCUCCAGGUCCUCCCAUCUGAGGGAGCUGGACCUGAGCUACAACCAUCCAGGAGACUCAGGAGUGAAGAAGCUGUUUGCUGCAGUGGAGGAUCCACAGUGCAGUCUGCAGACUCUCAGGGUGGACCAUGGUGGAAAGCAGAGGUUAAAACCUGGUCUGAGGAAGUAUUUUUCUCAACUUGAGCUGGACACAAACUCAAUGAGCAGAAACCUCAAACUGUCCAACAACAACAGGAAGGUGACACGUGUGAGUGAAGAGCAGCCGUAUCCUGAUCAUCCGGACAGAUUUGAUGGCUGGACUCAUCAGCUGCUGUGUAGAAAUGAUCUGAGUGGUCGAUGUUACUGGGAGGUUGAGUGGAGCGGAGAUGUUUAUAUAUCAGUGAGUUACAGAGGAAUCAGGAGGAGAGAAAACAUCGAGGAGUGUGUGUUUGGAUGGAAUAAUCAGUCCUGGAGUCUGAGCUGCUCUGAAGAAGGUUACUCUGUCAGGCACAAUGACAGAAUAACAUCCAUCUCCUCCUCCUCCUCCUCCUCUGGUAGAGUAGCAGUGUAUGUGGACUGUCCUGCUGGCUCUCUGUCCUUCUUCAGAGUCUCCUCUGACUCUCUGAUCCACCUCUACACCUUCAACACCACAUUAACUGAACCUCUCUGUGCUGGAUUUAGACUCUGUUCCUCUGGUUCUUCAGUGAGUCUGUGUCCUCUGUAGGAAGGACGGUCUCUGUCUCUGACAGCAGUCCUGUCAGCACCAAUCAGAGAUCCAGAGAACAUCAGUGGAGUUCAGCAGGGCUCACAGACGGAGCCUCCAACACUUUGUAAAUAUGUCGUCAGUUUAAGUUUCAGGACGUUUUCUAACCUCCUCAAGUCUUUGUCAGCAACAAUGGUGACGAUGAGGAAAGGACUCUUCUGAUCACAGUUUGACGUUUAUAUUUUGAUCCGGCCCAGCCGGUCCUGAUUGGACCAGUUUGGUCUUAGUUGGACUUAUUGAAGGAGAGUCUGACUGAGAGUCUGAGUCUGUCAGUCUGCUGAGAGGCUGGAAGUGAAGCUCUUUUUAAUCCUGAUGGACAAAUGAAGCUUUCUGAAACUCUGAUGCCUGGAUAGAAGCUUUUCUACACUGUCCUCUUUAGUGCCACCUGGUGGCUAAAAAUAUGAAGAGCAGCUUGAAUGAACUGCUCCAUGAUGGUUCCCCACAAGUUCAGUUCACAGCUUCUCUUUAUGAUCAUGUGACCGUUUUGUUUGAUAUCAGGAUGGUUGUGGUGAUAUGAACAAGUGUUCUGUGAGGUUCCUGUCUCAUAUCUGUCCUAAACUAUGGGUCCUCAUUAAUGAUUGCUUCUGAAGAAAUUCUGAACUUUCACCUCGGUUUUUCUUCCUGAUCCGUCCAACAAAGUAUGUUGGAGCCACAUCCAGAGUCAGAGUGAGCCCUGUUCUUGGGGCUGGACAAAAUUUCGAUAUCAAUAUGUACCGCGGUAUAUUUUUAUUCAAUAACGGUGAUAUGAAUUUUAAAUAAAUGUUCGAUAUUGUAGCGACCGCGGGGGUCGCUAGGGGCGCUAGAGAGCCACUGCCCCAGAACUGAGUGUUCCGGGGAGCCGCGGGGCAUUAUGGGAGCUCCCUGUUCGGGACUUUUGGGGCCAUUUGUGGGGUUUCUCUGCGUUCCUGGGGUUUGCUUUCAUUGUGGUUGUGUUUUGCUUGUUGUUAUGUGCUGUUUGUGUGCUUUUAUUUUCAUCAUGUGUCGGACCGUGGGUCGAGGGGGUUACUUGGGGGGUGACCUGGAGCCUACGGGCCGCCAUAAUUUUGUCUCGGUGUUGGUGUGUCAUGUUCCCUAGCUUGGUUGUUUUCACAAUAAACCUUUG